ACCCAGUUUUUAUACACAUUUAUAUGUAUUUUUUUCCAAACCAAGCUUUCCUAUUUUUUAAGUAUUUUAAAGGACUGUAUCGUGUCAUGUUAUGCAUUAUACCUGCAAUAAAAUGUACUUUACAUCAAAUGAAUGGCUGUUGAUCAGAUAAAGAAAAUAUUAACCACGUCAGCCCGGCGUAUGGGGGAAGGGGGGCUUGUCCAGCAGUGCAUUAACCCUUGUUGCAAAGUCUUGUUCGAAGGUCAAUAAACGCUGGCUGUGAGACCAGAGUGCCCCACACAUAUGAUCAUGGACAUUGCCACAGUGAACGGUCUUCCUUACGAGGAUUUUGUGAAUGUUUUCGGCAAUGUGGUGGAGAAAUGUCCCAUGAUAACAGCUGCUGUGUGGUCGAGGCGUCCCUUUGCGAACUUGACUGCUUUGCAGGCUGAAAUCAGUGAAUUCAUCGAUGCUCUCUCGGAAUCAGGAAAAGAGGGGGUCCUCAGGUGUCAUCCGGACCUGGCGGGCAGGGACCUCCACAGCGGCACCUUGACGCAGGAGUCGCGCGAGGAGCAGGCCGGAGCAGGGAUGGAUGCGCUGAGCUCCGCGGACGCCUCGCGCAUGGCACAGCUUAAUGAGCAGUACAAGGAGCGCUUCGGGUUUCCGUUUGUCAUCUGCGCCCGGAUGAACGACAAGGAGAACAUAUUACGGCAGCUGUCCGAGCGCUGCCUGAACGAGCGCGCGGUGGAGAGGGCGCGCGGCAUCGAGGAGGUGAAGAAGAUAAGCCGCCUGCGUCUCCAGAGUCUCGUGCUCUCUGACGCUCCCAACAAGUUAUGAACCUUAAUUACUCGGGUUUAUGUUGGAUUUCUCUUGUCCCAGUUCAACCACCUGGAUGUAAGGACUGACAUUGUUCUCAGGCUUGUAUGGGCUGUGACCAAAUUUAUUAUGUGUGUUAAUCAAUCAUUAUAUUGCACAGCGAUUUCUUCAGACAAUAAAAUAUGUGUAUCGUUGAUUCCAAUUUAGCAAU